AGGCCGUCCGGACCGGCGGAGGAGAGGACCCAGGUGGUGGUGGUCGGAGCCACCUUCCCUGCGGGGCUCAGCGAGACACUGGCGAAGUUCACAGACGUGAGCAGGUUUGUCACCCUCACCACCCAGAGCCUGCACCGCCUGCCGCCUCACGUCCAGCAGAAGUUCGUCCGCCUCAAAGGCCGGGACAAGCUGCCCGAGCUGCUGCAGCUGUUAAAGGAGCACCCAUCAUGUGGCAGGGCUGUUCUCAUCUUCUGCAACAGUGCCAGCACUGUCAACUGGCUGGGCUAUAUCCUGGAUGACCACAGAAUCAGGCAUCUGAGGCUGCAGGGACAGAUGUCAGCAGCUGCUAGAGCUGGCAUCUUUGCCUCUUUCCAGAGGGGUGAUGUGUCUGUCCUUGUCUGCACUGACCUUGCCUCGCGGGGUCUGGACACCAGCAGCGUGCAGCUCGUGGUCAACUAUGACUUCCCAGACACCCUGCAGGACUACCUGCACCGUGUGGGGAGAGUUGGACGAGUUGGAAGCAAGGCACCUGGAGCUGUGGUUAGUUUUGUCACCCAUCGGUGGGAUGUGGACCUGGUACGGAAAAUAGAGACUGCAGCCCGGAAAAGGACAGGCCUCCCGGGAAUGGACUCCUCCAUUAAUAAACCUUCACCUAAAGGAGGCUGAUUCAAGUUGCUGGGCAGUACUAGGUGGCCUGGUAGGGACUCCCCUUGAAGUCCUUAAGACAGAGUGAUUGAGCUGCUGUUUGUAAAGUAGACUGAGAGAAUUGAGAAUUGAGUUUCAGAGCCAGGUGUUCAGGUUAACUUUGUGUACUGUUCCGGAAGCUGCAGUAGUCAUUUCCAUACUCAACACACGGCUUUGCAAAAGGAAGCUAGUGAGUAACAGAAUGCUUUUGGAGAAGACUGAAGAAUGACCUCAUCAACUGAUUUGAUUUUGUUGAGACUUACAACUUAAAUUCAAAUCAGAAUGAAAGUAUGCCUGUAUGAUAUGCAGCUCUGUUACAUUUCAUUGCUGCCCACCACUAGCAGCUAAACGUUCAUUAUUAAAACUUAAAAAUUACUACUGUGGCAGGAAAAAAAAUGGAUAUAACUUUGACCUGUCAUAGAUACACGUAGAAAGACUAAAGGACAAGUGAUGUUUGAUUUUCUUGUGGUGUAGCAGUUCGUUCAGAGAAUUCUAGACCAGAUACCUUUAAAGUUCAGCAGGAAUGAGAAGGCACAAUAAAGCUUGAGGCUCUUUCAAGGCCUUAAUUAGCCAUUUUAUGGUUGCCUUUCACUGAGAAAGGGGAUCUUGCUCCAUCAUGUUAUAUUAAAUAAAAUUUUAAAAGCCCUUAA